AGUUUGAUACAUUUUUUCAGUCAUCUUCCCCAUUUCUUCACGCUCUUGCUAUUUGCUAUUGAAAUUAUUUAACUUGCUUCCAAUGCUGCCUUAUGCGUUUUGAAAAUGUACUUGUACUGACUGUAAUAAAAGCCAGAUUACUCUUAUAUCACAACAGUUUUGUUUAGCACCGGAAGCAAAUGAAGGUAUGUCACCACAUUCUUCACUUCAUCAAAACUUAUAGAAAAGUAAAAUAGAAAUGUAGAAUACACAGACAAACAACUUGCUGGGGUGUUGGGGGAAUGCCCCUUUUUCCAUGUUAACCAUGUUCCUCUUUAGAAAUGUCUGCACGGCACAGUACCUUUUUGAAAUGAGCACAUUAGCGUUCUGGUAAAUUACUGUACAUAAGUGAUUUCUCGCAGAACUCAUCGGUAUCAGUCAGACGUCUCUCAUGUGCUUGAGACAGAUCACAAGGGCUCAAUCACACACUCACUCAUACGCUCUGAAGGUAAUCAUUUAUCAUCAGCUACUAUACAAGAAAUACAUCUGAAUAUCUUCCUUUUUUAGAUUCCUGCUUUGUGUGUGACAUCUUUAGUAUAAUUUCAUGUAAUAAUGGUGACAUACACUGUACUUACUACUGUAAACAGCCAUAUUGUUGAAAGAAGUUUAGACUGUAAUUUGAUUUUAUUAAGAGCCUAUUUGUGCGCAGUUGGCCCUGGUUACCCAGCAGAGAUCCCUCUGUGUGCCGGGAGGUUCAGGUGUGAGUUUCUCCCCGCUGACUGAGAGACAAGAGCAGACAAGUUCAGUCAAACAUCAACACACUGCAGACCCACACUCAGGGGACAAGGCACAACUUUGGCACAGUAGCUGUGCCGCAACGUUACCUUAAGACUGUACAAGUUACCACAUGCAGCUGCCAAUUAACUCCUGGCCUGUGGCAGUUUUAUCCUCUGCAGCUGACCCGUGUGCAGACUAAUAAACUGAUUUCGAUUUACGAGAGGAAAGAGAGAGAGAACAGAGAGAAAUGAAAUGAUGUGAGAUUUCUUUUAAUUUAUUUGACGUAGAGGUGUGUUUGUGCAUGUUUGGUGGUCCAGGGUGCAGUUUGUGCUCUUGGAGGCAGACAAAACCAGUGUAACCACAGUGUUGAACCACACUUCAUUUUAUACAUCAUUAAUGAGAUAAUAAUGCUUUGGUAUUUACUAAAACUUACUACAAUUAACAAAGUCCUUCUUGUCUAUGUUUCAUAUGGAAUAAAGAUUAAUAUGCCCUCAGUCAGUCACUCUAAUCCAGUGUCCUCCUCAUCACUUUUGCACUGUUGAAUCUGUUCUCAGGUUACCUCGUGCAGCACAACCCCCCAUGAGGGCAGAUAAGACAACCACUCACACACUUUGCUGUUUCCUUUGCUGUCUGCCACAGCGAGAGCUCUCCCGACUCCUUUCUGCGUCUACAAAGCAUGGAAAUCGGUCACUUUUUGCUUGGACUAUGUGCAUUCUUCUACUUUUACAGAUCUGUUUCAGCAGAGUCCACAUGCAAGCUGAAGGCCAAAUUCAACCUGAGCGGCUACAGGGAUGUAGAGAAGAAGAAGGUUGUAAUUGGGGGGAUGUUUCCUGUUCACAAGCGCAUCGCUUCCACUGAUGGCAACACUUCAAGGGUGCCCGUCUCCUCGGGGUGUGAGGGGUUUAACUUCCGUACCUUCCGCUGGACCCAGACCAUGCUGUUUGCCAUCAACGAAAUUAAUAAGAGGAACGACCUGCUGCCCAACACCGACCUGGGCUAUGUCAUCUACGACUCCUGCUUCACCAUCUCCAAGGCCGUGGAGGGCACCCUCACCUACCUGACGGGCCAAGACGAGGCCGUACCCAACUACCGCUGCGGGAAUGGGCCGCCUCUGGCUGCCCUAGUGGGUGCUGGGGGUUCUGAUCUGUCCAUUGCCACUGCGAGGAUUCUUGGACUUUAUCACUUCCCACAGGUCAGCUAUUGUUCAACUUGCUCCGCCCUGGAAAGUAAGUUCCAGUUCCCUACCUUCCUGAGGACCAUUCCCAAUGACAAGCACCAGUCCACAGCUAUUGCCCAGCUGGUGCUACACUUCGGCUGGACUUGGGUGGGCACCAUAGCUGCCAAUGAUGAUUACGGCAAGUAUGGCAUCAAGGCCUUCAAGGAACAGGUGGAGGAAGCUGGUGUGUGCAUCUCCUUCUCUGAGACUCUGCCCAAGGUGAGUUCCCCGGCGGACAUCCAGCGUAUCGUUCAAACUGUAGUUGAGUCCACGGCCAAGAUCAUCGUGGUCUUCUCUUCAGACGUGGACCUCAGUCCUCUUGUCCUUGAGCUGCUCCGGCACAAUGUGACCAACCGCACCUGGAUCGCCAGCGAGGCCUGGGUCACCUCCGCUCUCAUCAACCAGCCCGGGGUGAGCUCAUUGCUAGGUGGCACCCUGGGCUUUGGGGUAAAAAGGGCUGAUAUCCCUGGUCUUCAGCGCCAUCUACUGGAUCUGGACCCCUAUGAUGACAAGCUCACUGAGGAAUUCUGGGAGACGUUGUUUAACUGCACAUUGGACUAUGGCAAAGCUGUGAGGCAGGCCAAACAGAGGGCCAAGGAGGUUAACGGCACACUGUCCAGGGCAGUGAGGGGGGUCCCUGAUGGGCUGUGUACAGGGAGUGAGUCUUUGGCACAGCUCAAUAACACCUACUCUGAUGUCUCCCAGUUACGAAUUACUUACAGUGUGUACAAAGCCGUGUACGCUGUGGCCUACGCCUUGCACAACAUGGAGUACUGUGAAGAGGGACAGGGGCCAUUCAACGGGAACGGGUACUGUGCUGACAUCACCAACUUUGAGCCAUGGCAGCUGAUGUACUACCUGAAGAACGUGCGUUUCAAAGUGCCGCACACGGGCGAAGAGAUCUACUUUAAUGACGGAGAUGUAGAAGGCUUCUAUGACAUCAUAAACUGGCGGUUCAGUAAUAACGGGGAGAUAUCCUACGUCACUGUGGGACAGUACAAUGGCUCAGCAGCCCCAGAGGACAGGAUGACCAUAAUGAAUGACUCCAUUGUGUGGAACAAUGAAAUGUUGGAGCCUCCUCGGUCAGUGUGCAGCGAGAACUGCCAGCCGGGUGCUAGGAAGGGAAUCCGGCAGGGAGAGCCAGUUUGCUGCUUUGACUGCAUCCCGUGUGCCGAUGGAGAGAUCAGCAACGCAACUAAUGCUCGUGAAUGUAUCCUGUGCAGUGAAGACGACUGGUCCAAUGAUGCUCAUGAUACCUGUAUACCAAAAAUCAUUGAGUUCCUGGCCUUUGGAGAGCCACUGGGGAUCACUCUCAUCAUCAUCUCGGCUAUCGGAGCACUAGUCACCAUCGCUGUCGGGGUGGUGUUCGUUGUGCACAUUGGCACCCCUCUGGUGAAAGCCAAUGAUGCUCUGUUGAGUUUCUCACUGCUCUUCUCGCUAGUGGUGACCUUCCUCUGCUCCAUCGUCUUCCUCGGAGAGCCUCAGGACUGGAGCUGCAUGACCAGCCAAGUAGCCCUGGCUCUGGGCUUUGCUCUCUGCCUUUCCUCUAUAAUGGGUAAGGCAGCAGUGUUGAUGAUGAGAGCUCAGGCUCUGAAAGCGGCCCGUGUCAGAAUCAAAGCAGCUGCCAAAGCUGCAAAGGCCGCAGCCGAAGCAGCAGCUGAAGCAGCAGCCAACAGCGGCAGUCCUGAUGUCAUUGUAACCAACACAAAUAACAACAAUGACGCCAAUGCCUGUGCUUACCCUGAAGUUGACACUCUCACCUGUGCCCACCAGAGGGCGAUAACUGCUGUAGCAACAUUAAUCCAGGCUAUAGCGUGCACAGUGUGGCUCAUCAUCCUCCCUCCGCACCCUAUCAAGAACACCUCUUCCCAGAAUAUAAAGAUCAUCCUCGAGUGUGAUGAAGGCUCUGUGGUCUUCAUCUGUUGUAUCUUUGCCUAUGACAUCCUGCUGGCUCUGCUGGCCUUCAUCUUUGCUUUCAUAGCCCGCAAACUGGAGGACCACUUCAGUGAGGCGAAGUGUGUGACCUUCGGCAUGCUGGUCUUCUUCAUCGUGUGGAUCUCCUUUGUCCCGGCCUAUCUCAGCACACGUGGCAAGUUCAUGGUUGCCGUCCAGAUUUUUGCCAUCCUGGCUUCCAGCUUCGGCCUGCUGACCUGCAUCUUCCUGCCCAAGUGUUACGUUCUUUUGGUCAAACCAGAACAAAACACAGAGGAGAUGAUGAGGCCCCGCGCCAAGCCACGCGAUGGGACCUCGACUGGGACCUCGGCCUCACUCGCUACAACUGCUACGAUUGCAUCCACUGCUAUUGAUGAUUAGUGGAGCAGUGCUAAGAACUAAACUGAGCCACAACACUGAAAUUGUAAAAUAAUGUAGAUGGCUGAUGUGCCACUGCUUCACUGGGCAACUGGUCCAGCUGAUUAGGGUUCCUAGUCUUGUUAUUCAAAUCUAUUUUACAAUCCUCAUGUUUGGUCUAUAAUUAAUAGACAAAAUAUAUUAUUUACAAAAUAUUUAUAUUUACACUGACUGAAUGUGUGUCAAACCCAAGUGAAGUGUACUCUCAUUUGGGUUAGAUAGGGUUGAUUUCAAUAAGCAAUAUCCAUGAGGAAAGAAAACGGCUACCUCAACGAUUACUAAAUAUCUCAAAAAUGCAUUUUCAAAAACAUUACUAUUUCAGGAAAUAAAAUUGAGGGUCUCUGACUUUAUUUGCUAUAUUAUGAUGUCUGUAGGUCCCACUAAAACACAUUUUAACAAGUUCAGAUGCUGCUGUUGUUUCAGUUGUGGUAGUGGAAUUAAAAUUAAGGCAACAUUUACUUCAGGUAUCUGCUACUACUGCUGUACUUCUAGUUGCAAAUCAAUUUCAAAUAUAUCUGGAAUUGUUUAAAUUACAGGCAUUUAUCUUAUGCCCUAUCAACAUAUCUGAAUAAAAUGUUUACACUGCAAACUUCACUUUCUAUUACCAUAAUAACCUGUCACUGUGUGUAAUGUAGCGUAGUGUGACUGUUAGCGUAAUACAUUUCCUAAUAAUAUAAUAAAUGUUAUUUUCAGUCACUAUAA